AUGGCGAUCUUUCUGAGACGCGGAUUCUCGCUCCGAAACGCGCUUCUCCGGCGAAUCCCGGCCCUCUGCGGCACCGUGGCGCCGCCGCAGAGGAUUACUCUCUCUACUCCUCCUCCUGCAGCUCUUGAAUUUGUGAGAGAAAGUCGCAGAGGCUUCGCCAAAGGCCGUAACAAGUCAAGUACCAAGUCAAGGAUUGUAGAAGAUGAAGAUUCUGAAAGCACAGUGGAGGUUUUGCCGGAUAUGGGGCCCACCAUCAAGGCCAAUGCGACCACUCAUAUGGAGGCUGCGAUUACAGCGUUGUUGGGAGAACUGAGCAAGCUACGGACAGGGAGAGCAUCUCCGGGAAUGCUGGACCACAUUAUUGUGGAAGCCAGUGGGUUGAAGCUGCCGUUGAGUCAGAUAGCGGUUGUUUCAGUCAUGGAUUCGAAGACGUUGUCCAUCAAUCCGUUUGAUCCAAAUGCCUUGAAGAAUAUAGAGACUGCCAUUAUUGAAUGUCCCUUGGGUUUAAAUCCUAAAACCGAUGGGGAUCGAUUAAUUGCAGCUAUUCCUCCAUUGACCAAAGAGCAUGUUCAGGCUAUCGGUAAAGUGGUUAACAAAUCUUGUGAAGAUGGCAGACUAAGCAUUAGAAGAGGUCGCCAAAAGGCAAUGGAUGCAAUUAAAAAGUUAUAUUCAAUCUACCCUAAGGAUGACUUAAAAAGAUUGGAGAAAGAGGUUGAGGAGCUAACUAAAAAGUAUAUCAAGAAAGCAGAGGACUUGUGCAAAGCAAAGGAGAAGGAGAUUGCUGCUGGAGGUUAAAAUGUGGCGGUUUUCCUAUGUGUCUUGAUUGCUGGAAGACUCCUUUUUGAAGGUGCUACACCUGGAAUUGUUUUUACAGAAGAGUCCCUUAGUUAGUUUCAUCAUUAUUUGUUAUAACCUAGUUAUUCCCUCCAAAGAUACAUGCAAUGUCGAAGUUUCAAUCGUAUAAUAAAGCAAGCUCUUUUGAAGGACGAUA